UCGUACUCUGAACAAAUUCGUUUUUACUCCGGGCUAACUUAUCUAAAACCCCCCCACGACCCAAGUUGGGUCUCUAGCCUCUAGCAGCUUUCCUGCGCACAGUGCUGUCAUGUACUAGGCUCCUAGCCAAUCGCACUAUUCUAUCGCGAAUUAUAUGCGCAAAAAUGGGAGGCAAGUCGAAAGGGAAGGGCAAAAAGGCUACCGAAUCUCCCUCUCCCGCGCAGUCUCCUCAGCCUUCCCGCCAUGCCGCCAACUCGCCCUCCACCUCCCGCGCCGAAUCCUCGUCGAGUGCCCAAAUGCCCGCUUGCUUCGACAAUCUGUUUGGCGGGAAGAGGCUGGAGCUGAAAAUCUCGGCUAUAGAUGACAUGGCAGCGAGAGACACGUCAGCAGCCGCCCAGAUAUGGCUCCAUCCUGCAGCGAUGACGGCUGAUGACGUGGCCGCGGGCGACAUGGUCGCGGUGGUGUGCAUUGAUCCCCAAUCAGCCCAGCCAAUCCCGCCGCUCCAGCUGGCACAGGAGGCGCUCCAGCUGGCAACACCUGACUGGACGCAGCACCCCAGCUGGCCGGCCAUUGCCGCCCGUUUACCCGGGCUGUACUGCGCGCUAGCUACAGUGUGGCCCUCGCCUAAGAUUCACAAGUCUUGCUGCCGCCUCUCCUGGCCGCUAGCAGACAGCCUAGGCCGCCCAGAGGAAGACACCCGCCUUUACGUCUUAACCCCCAGAAUCGGGCGGCAACAGAAUCUGAAUCCGAAUCUGUUGCAGAUUCAUGGGGAACGGGGGGCUGUGCAACCAAUCCCGUGCAGACAGCUGGCGCUGACGUGGCUGGAACCGCUGGCUUGCUGUGCCGAUGCAGACAUGUCUGCAGAGAGUGACAGGUCAGCAGCAGGGGCAGCAGGGGGAGAGGGAGGAGGAGGAGAAGCAGCAACACCACACAAGACGCCAGCAGCAGCAGCAGCAGCAUCCUCCCUCACCUCUCCAGUACCCUGCACCCCCCCUCGGAGCACCCAACGCCCCCUCUCCUCCUCUUCUUCCUCCCCCUUCCCCACAUCCUCCCCCUCCCCUUCCCCUUCUCCCCAUACCCCCUCGAAUGCCGCUCAGCGCCUUGAACCUAGAACGCCGGGCAGUGCGAAAAAAGUAUCAACUCCAGGCAGUGCUGCGACUCUGGGCAGUGCAAAAAAAACUCCUUAUGUCAGCGAGGAGGAGAUGGAGAGAGCUCGUUGGGCAGCCGUGAAAACUCUUGUUGGGCAGACCGAAGGAAAUGAGGGGAAUGGUAGUGGCAGCAGCAGAGACAAGAAAGACCCUCAGGGUCUUCGACUUGUGGAAGUGUUUGCUGCCCGGUGGCUGCUGGGCCGCGUGCUUUUGCCCGGAAACAUUGUGGUGGUGCCUGUGUGCGGCCAGGACUGCUGCUUUGUGGUUUCCCACGGCACUGUAGCAGCGGCAGAAGCAGAAACAGCAGCAAAUGCAGUGGCCAAAAUAGCAGCAACAGCAGCAGCGCAAGCAGCAAGUGCAGCGGCCUUGGAAACAAGAGCACCACUGCAAGUGGGUCCCUUGACUGCUGUCGUCAUAUCCUCUCCUUCACUGGCGCAAGAGGGGGCAGCUGCAGGUGCAGGGGACUUGGGAGAAGUCAGAGCAGUAGGUGGAGGGGGGUUACGGGAAGGCAUGGCAGCAGGUGCAGCUGCGCCCACACAUGUGCCUCCGCCCCCCUUCCUCCUCGCCCCUGUGCCCCCUCCCAUGACAAGAGCGAGAGAGGAGGGAGGAGAGAGUGGUACGCGCAGUGAGGAAGAGAGGAAGGAGAAGGAGGACGAGGGGAGCGAGGGCGGGGCAGCGGCUGUGGCGAGGAGGGUGGCGGGGGACUUGAGGGGAAUCACGCUGGGAUCGGUGGGGGGCCUGCACGAGCAGAAGAGGGCGCUCAAGGAAGCCGUACUGCUGCCCCUCAGACACCCGGACCUCUUUCACAGAUACGGCAUCAAACCCCCGCGGGGAAUAUUGCUCCACGGGCCGCCCGGCACGGGGAAGACGUCGCUGGCGAGGGCGGUGGCGGCGGAGGCAGGGGCGGCGUUGUUUGUCAUCAACGGGCCGGAGCUGGUCAGCGAGUUCUUUGGGGAGAGCGAGGAGGCUCUUAACGAGGUUUUCUCCGCCGCCCAAAAGGCUGCUCCUUCCAUUGUGUUCAUAGACGAGCUCGACGCCAUAGCUCCAGCUCGCACAAGGGACGCAGAGGACCUUUCUCACCGCAUGGUGGCUGCUCUGCUCACCAUUAUGGAUGGGGCCUCCUCUUCCGCAGGAGAAUGGGGAGCGGGGGGGGGAGGAGGAGGAGGAGGAGGAGGAGGAGGAGGAGGAGGAGGAGGAGGAGGAGGAGGAGGAGGAGGAGGAGGAGGAGGAGGAGGAGGAGGAGGAGGAGGAGGAGGAGGGGACGGAGGAAAAGCAGGGAGGGGGGUGGCGCUGGGGAGGGGCGUAGUGGUGAUAGGGGCAACCAACCGAGUGAAUGCCAUCGACGCAGCUCUCAGGCGACCCGGGAGGUUUGACCGGGAGGUCGAGAUUGGCAUUCCUACCCCUGCAGACCGCCUAGCAAUCCUCAACACCCAUCUGUCCCGCAUGGCCCACGCCCUGACACCCGAGGCCGUCCACGUCAUCGCCAGCUCAGCAACACACGGAUUCGUCGGUGCUGACAUCAGCGCGCUGUGCUCCGAAGCUGCCGUGGCGGCUCUUAGGCGGAUCGUGGGGGAGAAAGAGGGGUGGGGAGGGGAGGGCAGAGGGGAGGGCAGGGAGGUUGGGAAGGGAGGGGAGGAAACGGAGGGAGGGGACAGAGAGCACAAGGGGACUGGUGAGGGCAGUGGUGGAGAUGUGGAGGAGGGGGAAUUGGCGAGCACACAGGAGGAGUGCUCCAGCAACACAUCUGCUGCUGCUGCUGCCCCGUCGUUGCUGUUGGCAGUGAUAAGGGAGGACUUUGAGGUGGCUCGUAGGAUAAUACGACCCAGUGCCCUCAGGGAGGUGGCAGUUGAGGUGCCAACUGUGAGGUGGAGCGACAUCGGAGGAUUAGAAGGCAUCAAGCAGCGCUUGAAGGAGGCGGUGGAGUGGCCGUACACACGGGCUGAGGAGAUGAGAGCCAUUGGCGCGACCCCGCCUCGUGGCCUGCUGCUCUAUGGCCCCCCUGGGUGCUCCAAGACGCUCCUGGCUAAGGCGGUCGCAACAGAAGCUAGGCUCAACUUUCUUGCAGUCAAGGGCCCAGAGCUCCUCUCCAAGUGGGUCGGCGAGUCCGAACGAGCCGUCCGAACCUUGUUCUCCCGAGCCAAAAACGUAGCUCCGGCGAUUGUCUUUUUUGACGAGAUAGACGGGCUUGCCGUGGCACGGAGCAAGGGGGGCGGAGCGUCGGGAGGUGUGGGCGACCGAGUGAUGACCCAGCUCCUACUGGAGAUGGACGCCCUCACCCCCUCCACGCAGGUUACAGUGAUAGCAGCAACCAACCGGCCCGACCUGUUAGACCGAGCCCUUCUGAGACCCGGUCGCUUCGACCGCCUCCUAUUUGUCCCGCCGCCGGACCUCGCUGCCCGGGAGAAAAUCUUUGCGCUCUGCCUACGUGGCACACCGCUAGAAGCUGAUGUGGAUGCCUGCCAGCUCAGCUGUCAGCUGGCGGCACGCAGCGAGGGGUACACGGGUGCUGACAUCACUGCGAUCUGUCGAGAGGCCAAGCUGGCAGCAUUGGAGGAGGAUCUCACUGCUGCAUGUGUGGGCAUGCGACAUUUUGAUAAGGCGCUUGGUACUGUGAAAAAGAGUGUAUCGCCGCUAGAAUCUGCAUUCUAUGCUAAUUUCCAACGGGGGUAACAGAAUAGAAAGGUUAGGGCGGAUUCCUACAGCCUCGCAUCAGACUAACCUCGCGUUAGACGCGAGGUGCCCUGUGUUGCGUGCCUCGGCGUCAGAUCAUGCACCACACUCUCGCGAAUCGUUUAUGGUGCAAAAAGAGGAUCUCACUGCUGCAUGUGUGGGCAUGCGACAUUUUGAUAAGGCGCUUGGUACUGUGAAAAAGAGUGUAUCGCCGCUAGAAUCUGCAUUCUAUGCUAAUUUCCAACGGGGGUAACAGAAUAGAAAGGUUAGGGCGGAUUCCUACAGCCUCGCAUCAGACUAACCUCGCGUUAGACGCGAGGUGCCCUGUGUUGCGUGCCUCGGCGUCAGAUCAUGCACCACACUCUCGCGAAUCGUUUAUGGGUUCCUGCUAACUUUUAGGGCAGUCUGAGAAUCAGACGGGGUACGAGAGUUUUGUCUGACCAUCAUAUGAGGUGUUUGGCUUGGUC